AUGGAGCAUUUACCAUCCAUCAACUCACGUGUGGAGACGCUUCGGCUGGUCUACGGCUCUGUUGUGCGUCUUUGCCUGCACUCGUUCGUGUACGGUGUCACUCGCGGUGUGUUUUCGGAGUAUGUGCUCCGCCGAAAAGGCUCCCUCGCGUGGUGGGGACGGCAGUCCGUGCCGUACGUGGCCUCGUUGGGCAUGGAGAUCGGCGUCUCUGUUCUCAUAUGCCCGGUGCGUUACUUCGCUGCCGUGUCGGCGCCGCGCUUUAUCCUCGACUACACCCUGACGGGGUGGUCGGAGCUGCUGCGUGUAUUGGACCGCUUUUCCCCAGGUAACUUCGCAGCGUACGCGCUGUACGCCUUCUCAUCCGACGCCGACUGGAACUUGGACUUUUUCAUCUGGCAGCUCCCGUCGGUGGUACUGACGGUCACAAAGCUUUGGUACCGUCGGCGCCUACUUGGCAGCGUGAACUGUCGCACAAAGCGUGUGCUCGGUAUGAUUCCGGUGCAGGUGUUUCUGCGGGCAUUCCUCUCUUCGUUCUCUUUGCUUAUUCCAGAGAGCGGCGGCGAAGUGCUGGUGUCGGUCGUGCUCUCUGUGUUGGAGAAUGCGGCGACCUCCUACCUUGCGAUGCACACAUGGCCGUUCAGCAACGUGACGGAUUCCCCGCAGUCAAGCACCUCAAACCAGUCCGAUAGCCGCGAGGCGGGGAGCGACGAUGUCCAUGCCAAGCCUGAGGAAACAUCGUAA